GUGUUUUGUGGUUAAUGAUCGCAUUAAGUUAGUCGGAAGACAUUCGCGAGUGUUAUUAUAUUGGAGUAUUCAAUAAACAAAGUGUAUCUGCCUAUUUUCGCUUCGUGUCAGGAAGCCGCUUCAUAACUCAAAAGUUUAUGCGGACUUUUGAGUUAAUUCGUUUGGGGUUCGGAGUAGGAGUCUACUCCGAGGGUGGGGGCUUAGGUUUCAUCAUCAUCACCUUUCAUCAUUUCAUUAAUCAUCAAGAAAAAAAAUACGUCAGACAUGGCUGUAUGGGCAUAGUUCCCUUUGCCUUACCCUUCGGGGAAAACCAAACAAAAAAAAAAAAAAAACUAAAUUGUCAUAAUUGUCAAAUUAUUUUUGAAAGGCAAUUGGAAGGUAGCUUGGGUUUGUUUUGUUUUCGAUUAAUUUAAACGGGUCUAAAAGUUAUUAGUUAUUUAAGGACCACUUAAAUGGUGGUGUUGGCUAACCAAGAUGGUCUACUUACACUUUCCUUCAAACCUUACUGAAGAGGAGUUAAUGUUGCAAACUAAGUACCAGAAAUUAAAGAAGAAAAAGAAAGCCCUGCAGGCUUUAAAGGCACCAAAGCAAGAGCCUGAAAAGCCUAUACUGCCGAAAAGACCUACAGAAGCCCGAGAUGCACGAGAGAUCGCCAGAAAGUUGAUAAAAAGCGGAGCUAUUCAGGCAAUCAAAAGUCCACCGCCUCAACCCCAGAACGCCACAUUUAAACGACCGCGAGCAGGUAGAGAAAGGAAACUUAGUGGAUCUGCAGGAGCUACUGGUGGGGUCGCAUCUUACCAGCCUUUCAGUGCUUCUCAAGAACCUCCACCACCAGAAGAGAAGCCUAGUCCAAGGGUUAAAUACCUUUAUGACUCCUUUGUCACAGCCCGGGACAAAGAUGAAAAAGGUGGUCGCGCUCCCGGUGGAGAUACUCCUACUCCAAGUAAAGGGCAAGGCAGCAGCACACUACAGAUCACUGGCCCUUCCAUCUCCCAGGAAACACUCAGACGCCGCUUGGCUACAUUUGAACCUUUCACUGUCACUCUUGAACCUGAUGAAGAUAGAGCAUUUAUAACAUUUGACUCAAUAGAGGCGGCAUCUCGUGCUCAAGCAACACUAGAAGGUGGGGAUGAAGGCUGGAAAGCAAUGACUGCACGGCGCCCGCCACAAAACCCUGGAGCGUGGACCCCUGCGCCAUCACCCCGAAACCCACCACCACCGAAAGACUCUAAACGAACUUUGCUAACUUAUGAUGACAUAUUUGAAUAACAAGAAAAUAUGUAUUGUAAUAUUUUAAUAAUAAUAAAUCGUCAAAAUUUAA